AUGAAUAUGUCAGGAAUCAGCACAGUGACUGAAUUCCUACUCCUGAGUUUUCCAGGCUCCAGGGAGGUUCAGGUCCUCCUCUUUAUGCUGUUCUUUCUGUUCUACAUCCUGGCACUGAUGGGGAAUGGGGCCAUUGUCUGUGCAGUGAGGCUGGAUCGCAGGCUUCACACCCCCAUGUACAUUCUGCUGGCCAACUUCUCACUCCUGGAGAUCUGUUACGUCAACACGACUGUUCCCAAUAUGUUAAAGAAUUUCCUAUCUGAGACCAAAACCAUCUCUUUCACAGCUUGCUUCUUCCAGUUCUACUUCUUUUUCUCCAUGGGCAUCACAGAGACCCUCUUACUGCCCCUCAUGGCUUUUGAUCGGUACUUGGCCAUCUGCCAGGCUCUCCAUUACCCUAUCAUCAUGAACAACCAUCUCUGCAUGAACCUGAUGGCCCUGUGCUGGGUCACAGCUUUCCUCUGCUAUCCGAUCCCUUCUAUCUACUUUAUCACAAAACUCUCCUUUUGUGGCCCCAACACCAUUGACCUUUGUGACCCUGGUCCUCUUCUGGCCCUAUCCUGCAUCCCUGCCCCUGGAAUUGAGCUUUCCUGUUCUAUAUUGAGCUCUCGUAUUAUCUUCAUCACCUUCUUCUUCAUCCUUGGGUCCUACACCCUGGUUCUCAGAGGACUGUUGUGUGUCCCUUCAGCAGCUGGCUGAUGUAAGGCCUUCUCCACCCGUGGUUCCCAUCUGGCUAUGGUGUCUCUUUUCUAUGGAUCCAUCAUGGUGAUGUAUAUCAGCCCAACCUCUGGAAAUCCAGGUGCCCCUAGCUCCACACAGGAGACAGGGCAGGAGCUGAACAAUGGGAUCCCCUGCCCCACCUCCUUGAAGGACAGGAAGGAGUCCCCUACUGCCAACAAAGUCCAGCCCUGGCUCAGGAUCCUGGCUAGAAAGUCCUCAACCGGGAAGAGCAAUGGGACCUGCGUGGUGUGGCCCCAAUGGGCGGAGUUGCUGAAGAAGCGAGUAGAACACCUGCUGCCUGCCUUCAUAGACAGAGACCUUAGCUAUGUCUCCACGUUCCUGGCCACAUACACAGCUUUUGCUACCACCCAGGAAGUGCUGGACCAGCUGCUGAUAAGCUACGGAUGUGUCCUCUCUUCCUGGGACGAGAUCGGCGGAGCCCAGGAGCAGUGGGGCAUGGCCAUCUCCUCCAUUCUGGCCACCUGGCUGGGCCACUACCCUGAAGAUUUCUUCCAGCCCCCAGAAUUUCCCUGCCUAAGGACGCUACUGGCAUACAUGCGGUGCAACAUGCCAGGCUCAGACCUGGAGCAACGUGCCUGGCUCCUCCUCUCUUGGCUGCGACACCUCGAGCCCGCUGAGCCGGAGGCUGGGGCAGCAGCCCCAAAGAGAGAUCCAGAACCACGCCAAAAGCUUGUCCCAGCUCCCACUGUGGUGCCUGCUGCAGCUUCAGAGCCUGAGCUGGAAAAUCCCAUCACUGCUGCUGGAGCUCAGCAACUCAAAAGAGCAGGGACUUCACCUGCCCUGUCAGGCCCAGUGCAGCUGGUGGUCAGAGCUCUGAUCCACCAUUAGGACGUGCAAGAGUCACCUGCACCUUUG